AUGGAUGGAGAAACUACACCAGGAAAGAAUUUGUUUGUGUACUUCUAUGUGUGCUUGGAGGCAUUGCAAAGGGGGUGGAAGGAAGGAUGUAGAAGAAUAAUAGGAUUUGAUGGAUGUUUCUUAAAGGGUGCUUGCAAGGGUGAACUUCUAGUAGCAGUUGGCAAGAAUGGAAACAAUCAGAUGUUUCCUAUAGCCUGGGCAGUUGGUUUUCAUGCAGCAGUUGAUGAACUACUACCAAAUGCUGAAGUUAGAAUGUGUGCUAGACACAUUUGGUCUAAUUGGAAUCAAACUUGGAAAGAAGAGGAAAGGAGAAAACAAUUUUGGAGAUGUUCAAAGUCAAGUUUUGAAGUGAAGUUCAAGGAUGAGCUUCAUAAAAUGAGCAAACUUGAUAAGGAUAUUUGUGCUGACUUAUUGCAUUAUCCAAAGGUGUCAUGGGUUAGGGCAUUCUUUCAAGAGCAUUCCAAAUGUGAUAUAGUUGAAAAUAACAUGUGUGAGACCUUUAAAUCAUGGAUCAUAUCAUGUAGACACAAAUCUAUAAUAACCAUGUUGGAGGAAAUUAGAAGAAAGAUGAUGACAAGAACUGUGGAUAUGAUUGAGUUUGCCAACACCUGGAUAUCUGAUAUUGCACCUAUGGCUAGACUUAUCUUAGAGGAGAAUAAGGACAAGUUUAAGACAUGCAAGGUGCUUUGGAAUGCUGAUGUUGGGUUUGAGAUUAGAGAAGGGGAGUACAGGCAUACAGUUAACUUGGCUGAUAGAGUUUGUAGUUGUAGAACUUGGCAACUAAGAGGCAUUCCAUGCCAACAUGCUAUUGCUGCUUUGUGCCACAUAGAACAGGAGCCUGAACCUCUUGUGGAGCAUUGGUAUAAGAAGGAUACCUUCUUAAAGGCUUAUAGUCAUUUCAUCCAACCAAUUCCAAAUAUGAAGAUGUGGCCUGAAACUAACAAUCCAAGGAUUGGACCUCCUGAACCUAAACCAAUGCCUGGCAGACCUACAAGAAAUAGAAGAAAGGGCAAAGAUGAACCAAGAAAGAAGUAUGGAAAAAUUUCUAAACAAGGGGUGAAACAGACUUGUUCCAUGUGUAAACAACAAGGUCAUAACAAGAGAUAUUGCAAGGUUGCUGCUCAAAACUCACAAUUUACAGGUCAAAGCUCACAAGGAAGUAGCCAACCUCAACCAAAAAACUUCAUUCAACCUGAACCAACAACAUUCAGCUAA